AUGGAAAACCCCGCCAUUCGGAGAGUCAAGCCGCCACAUCAGUCGACAAUUUCCCCUUGGUAUGAAGAAUUCAAACGUGGACGGGUGAGUCUUAGCGACGAUUCCAGGGUGGGUGCACCAAAAACGGCAGUCACCCAGGAAAACGUCGAUGCUGUGCGCAAACUUAUCAUUGCAGAUAGGCGCGAGAUUGAGGCGUCCUUGAAGAUCUCAAAGACCUCAAUUCAAAAAAUUUUACAUGAAGAAUUAGGAGUAAGAAAAUCAGUUUCUCGUUGGAUACCCCACCUGUUGAGUGAAGAGCAGAAAGCAGCCAGGGUUAAUUGCACUGUUAGUGGUGAUGAAUCGUGGAUUUACUGUUACGAACCAAGAAAUAAACGACAGUCGGCUGUUUGGGUGUUCCAAGGUGAAGAAAAGCCAACAAAAGUCAUCCGUUCUCGAAGUAUUUCGAAAAAGAUGGUCGUGACAUUUGUGUCAAAAGCGGGUCAUAUUGCAAUAAUUCCUCUUUAUGAGCAAAGAACUGUUACUGCGGAUGUAAUCAUCCUCCACCAAGACAAUGCAAGCUCGCACACAGCCCAAAAAACAAGGCAGUAUUUAACGGAAGAAAACCUGGAAUUAUUGGACCAUCCUCCAUAUAGUCCCGAUCUAAGUCCUAACGAUUUCUUUGCUUUCCCGAAAUUUAAAAACAGACUGCGUGGUCAAAGGUUCCAGUCACCAAAAGAAGCAGUUGAUGCAUUCAAAAAUGCCGUUUUGGAUCUGCCAGCAAACGAGUGUAAUAUGUGUUUCGAAAAUUGGUUCGAGCGCAUGCAGCUGUGUAUUAAUCUUCGUGGAGAAUACCUCGAAAAACAAUAG